AAAGUAAUGAUGUAUUUCAGAGUAAAAUGUUGAGUUCCGUAAACCUCCAAGGAGUGCCAUUUGUUCCUUAUUUUCCUUGUAACAUGAUCAGCAAGCUUCUGCAAUUACGAAUAGCGAACGUUCAGAAACAUUACUAGGUUGUUACCCUACAUGACAUAUCUGGGUUUCACUUUACUGAGAGCCAGUCGACCGGUCAGCUUGCCUUACUGCAAGAAAUGGAACAACUUAACCCCUCCACCUCUAAUGCCUCCUUCUGGGGUCUGGCUCCUGGCAUGGCCUUGUCUCUGUACUGCCUGCUCGGUAUCCCUGGUAACAUUGCAGUUAUAGUCAUCCUCCGUCAGAACCAAGAUCUAUCCAGUUUGAGCAGGAGACUGAUGUUGAACUUGGCUGCCUCGGACCUACUCUGCAUCCUUACCCUACCUUUGCGUAUCUACAACCUAGUCUUCACCUGGAGCCUGGGUCUAGUGCUCUGUCAGCUCAACAUGUACUUCUUCUACUGCAGUAUCUGUACUGGUCUGCUGACUGUCACACUUCUGAGCAUCCAGCGCUACCUCCAGGUGGUGCAUUCUCACAGCUGGGCCAGACCGGGAGUGGCAAAGGAGAGGGUGCUACUGGUUGUCCUGUGGGGGGUAGCUGGGGUCCUGUCCAUUCCUUAUGGGGUGACGGUGCGGGAUGUGAAGGAUGAUAACGGAUGGGUCCGGUGCCAGUAUGAUUUUGCAUCAGAUGCUGAGCUGGUGGCUGUGUUGCUCCUGCAGACUCUCCUGUCGUUUGUAGUUCCUUUCUUCAUCAUGGCCACAGCCUAUAUGCGCCUCCAGCGAAGGGUGAACCAAACAGCUUUCUUCAGGUGCCACAGGACGACCAGAUUAGUGAGCCUUAUCGUUGGGACCUUCAUCGUUCUAUGGACUCCUCACCAUGUCAUGAAUGUGCUGGGAGUGACGGCCAUCUUGGCAAAGAAUAAGGCUCUGAGAGUGUUCUGGGAGGACAAUUGGAGGAUUGCAGGAUCUCUGGUCUUCAUCAACAGCAGCUUGGAUCCAUUCCUCUAUGCCUUUGCCUCCAGAAACAACCAGAGAGCACAGAGCAGCGACGGUCAGGUAGUGACCACGAGUAGUCACAAUCUGUAAGAUUUCAAGUCACUCAUUGGUAAUUUCAACUAUUCAACUGAAAUAUUCCCCUUGAUACAGGCAAAUAUGACAUACAAAUAUCGUAUUCAGAUUAGCACACUUGUCCUAACUUAUAAUAACCACCCGAAAAACAAAGGACCUGUAUGCAUUGUUUAUGUUUAUUGUAAACCUUUAAAUUAUGUUUAAAUAAAGUAAUAUUGCUUUCA